CAUCCUUUCUGGAGGGUUGCUGACUGCCGAUAUUCUAUAGCUUGCUUCCAAUAAAUUCACUGCAAAUACAGCUACGUUUGUACAGAGAGUGGGGUAAUGUUAAAUAUCACUUUUUAUCAGAAAUAUGUCUACAUGUUUGCUUGGCAAAUUACUCACUCAACCGCAAUGUCGGGCGACUGAAAAGCUUUCAGAAUGAAUGAGCAAAGCUAAGCUACCCUCAGCUCAAGAUGAAACUUUGGACAACGAACAAUUUUUUAUUUGACGUGAAGAUAAUGUGUCAACGUUCUCCGUUCAACCAGGAAGCACAGCGACUCGGGCACGAAAGUUAGCUGGUCGAUGGACACGCUUGCUUGCAUUCGGAGCAAGAACUUGCGUUGUUUUGUUGCGACUACGAAUAGAUGCACAUACAAAACAUCUCACCAGUUUGCAUACAUGUUUGAUUAUCAUUUUCUUGAAGCGUUUCGGCAUGUUAAUAUGCGUGUUCCCGUUGCGCUCUAAUUUGUAGAUAGUGAAAAUUGUUGUUGCGCAAAUGUUUGCAUUCUUACGGUAGUUACGCUUAGUGCGAAUUCAGAUUGAAGGUCACCGAAGUUAUUUCGACCGACAUUGUGUGUCUGGAAUUUGGCUGUUUUAUUACGAAAUAACUUGCUGUGAUUAUUGACGAUAUUUCUGGACUUUAUGGUGACCCUCUUUGCGCUCGCCUGGCCUACGAGUUGAUAUGCCUGGUGCUGGUCCAUGGGUGUGAGUCGACUGGAUGUAUUUUACAGAAGGCUACUCCUCAGCAAACUCUUCAUUGGGGGUUGGGGAAAGCCUGAAGACCUCAAGAGAAUUUUUGAGUUCCGUAAGAUUAUAGGAGACAGAGAGAGGUGUAAGUCUCUGGUGCCCAAGGACUAUCCGGUAUAUAUAAACAAGACCGAGGUGCAUGCUGAUUGCUACAUCCAUGACGGUGUCUUCGUUUCACCUCUGGAGCACUUCGUACCCGGAAUCCUGCCAACAGAGGCUGUGAAAGCAAGGUUCCAGUUCAUAGUUCCGAAAAGAUGGCAGAGCAACAGGCCAGUAUGUAUUCAUUUGGCUGGCACUGGAGAUCAUUUUUUCUGGCGCCGAAGGACCCUGAUGGCCAGGCCGAUGGUCAAAGAAGCAGGAAUGGCUUCUCUGCUUUUGGAGAACCCUUAUUAUGGCUAUCGUAAACCAAAAGACCAGUUGCGGUCCUGUCUCAAGAAUGUGUCAGACCUGUUUGUGAUGGGUGGAGCUCUGAUCUUGGAGUCCUCCGUGCUUCUCCAUUGGCUGGAGAGUGAGGGCUACUCUCCUGUUGGAAUGACCGGUAUCUCCAUGGGAGGAUAUAUGUCCUCCUUAGCAGUGACGAAUUGGCCGAAGCCCAUCCCGCUGAUUCCCUGCCUGUCAUGGUCCACUGCCUCGAGUGUCUUCACCACGGGGGUGCUCAGUAAGGCAGUGAAUUGGUCGGAGCUGGAGAAGCAGUAUGCCAUUAAUUCGGUGUAUGAAGAAGAGAUUAUGAAGCUGUUGGAGUAUUGUGGGGCCGACUCCUUCAAGAUGGCUCAGGAGUUUGUCAAACACUCGGCAGGUCGAGAGAAUUCCUUGGAGCUUCUGCUGGACCAGCCGAGAGAAGACGCCGUCUCAGUGGGCUGCUACUCCAGAGCAGGAGGAAAGGCAGAAAUUGGGCCUGACCUGUGGAUCGGCGAGGGUGUGGCUCGCGACCCAUUGGACACAUUAUUAUCAGCGGACAGCACCAAGACAAGUUUAGACACUUUACCAAGUGGCUUCAAAGCAACCAAAUCACAGAUUGGGAAGAAGAAGGCAGGUUCAGCCAAAAUUUGUCGGCCAUUGUUACACAGCGAGUCGAUAAGCUUCAUGAAGGGAGUGAUGGACGAGUGUACACACAUGGCAAACUUCUCUGUCCCCGUUGACACCAGUCUUAUCAUCGUGGUGCAGGCCAAAGAGGACGCCUAUAUCCCUCGGACGGGGGUCCUCAGUCUGCAAGAGAUCUGGCCUGGAUGUGAAGUCCGAUAUCUGAAUGGAGGGCAUAUCAGUGCUUAUCUGUUCAAACAGAAUGUCUUCAGACAGGCCAUCUAUGAUGCAUUCAACAGAUUCUGCCUGAAGUAUCCCCACCUUGUGUAGCUAUGGCAACCCAAGAGGCCCUUAGCACUUGCACUCUGUGUGUGUGUGUGUGUGUGUGCGUGUGUGUUUUUUGUACAGUACACAUUACAGUUCUUCCAUACCGUCCACUUGCAACUCUCAGCCUGUUGAGAGAAAUGCAAUUGUGCAGCUUCAAAAUUAUGUAGUGUUUUUUUUUUAUGUUAAGUGAUUGUGAUAAUUAUUUGUGGUUUCCCUCAAACACACAUUUGGCCAGCUGACACUAAUUGCCGGUGCAGUUGUUUUAAAAUGUUUUAUUCAUAAUAUUAUACUGCAUCGUGUUUCUUUUUCAUUACUGAGUUAUUUGUGUGCAACCUACACAGCAUGUGCCCAGGAUGUUAUUUUAUUUUGUAUUUUUUGUACACUUUCUUGUUUUCUACCCCAUUUGUAAUCACACCCAUUUUCAAGUAGUUACCCAAGUGGUCCACAUUUGCACACCGGUCCCAAGAAGUUAUUCUGCAGGCUGUCGUUCCUUAGAAGCAACCCGCACGUCACAAUACACUUAAUGGACUUAAUGGAAUCCUCCAAAGUUUCAAUUUGCAAUCGAAUUUCCCAGAAUGUAUUCAAUGUGUGCUUUGUUGUCUUCUUUCUGCCCUUACUUGCUUUUUCAUUGUGAUUUUUCUCAAAUAUUUUAAAAGAGAUUUGCUUGAGUCAAGUUUUUAGACCAUCUGAUAACUAAUACAAUAGCAUAAGUACAUAACAUGACAAAUCUUCUUUAAUCUGAAUGGAAGUGCACUUUUGGGGCGAGUCUGCACAAAAUUUGAUGAGUUAAAAAAAAAGUCAUUCCUAAAUCUAAAUGAGAUGUACAUUUGAAUUUUGACACUUGCCAACUUUGAGACAAUUUACACAACCUACGUUACUGCAGUUAUUAGUUCUAUCCCAAAAUAAAAUACUGUACCUUGCUACCGCUGGUCUGUUUCAGGCUAAUCAAGUCAUCAGAGAAUAAACUGGAAAGUGCAGUUGUUGCUACCCUCUGUUUAAAGAUUUAAGACUAUUUCAAUCGUAUUUUUUAAAUCACUUAACUAAAAAUGUGGUCUUAUGUAUACAUAGCAUGAUCGCAAAUACUUACAAUAUGUCAAUCCCCACUUUGCCUUAAAUUUGCUUCUAAUUUCAAAAUGACAUUUGAAUUGAUUCUACCGAUAAGCGGUUCAGAUCAUGGAUGGAAUGUGUGAAACAUGCCUUUGAUGCUACAGUGGACCACAGGAAACUGUAAAAAUGUCUCAUUGCUCAUGCUCCACUCAUUGAUUGAGCGACUGGUGGAAUUAGUUAGCCAUUAGAAUGUAGAUGAUCUGAUCAAGGAGCCAUGGCAAGCAAAUCACGGAAACAAAUCAUUUGAAUGUAAUCAGCUAAAUUGUGCGCAACAUGGCUGCUCAUUUUCAGACCGCCAAUUUUAAAGGAAGUUCAAAGUAAUUAAAUAGACUUUACAAGUAUCAAUGGAAUUGCAUUGCUUUGACCCCUUCCGAUGUCACUGACAAGGAUUCCUUUUGUGCUUUAGCUGCUUUCUACUCAUUUACAGUGCUCGAGGACAGCCUUCUGUUGAUGUUGGUGGUCUUUUAUGGUGCAAAGAAACCAACACAGUUUCUUGAAAUCUUGACAAUAAAUUGACCUUAACCUUU